GAUUCAUAACCUAACUUAAUUGACUGACAAUAUGUACAAAAACGUAACCUAUAAAGUUUAUUGACAAUUUUCUUAAGAAAUUGUACUUAUAUUUUUAAACGCAAAUAGAAUAAUUAAGUUUAGAAUAAAGAAUAAUUGCAAUAUGCCCAAAUACUAUUGUGAUUAUUGUGAUACAUAUUUAACGCACGAUUCACCAAGCGUUCGAAAAACUCAUUGCCAAGGACGAAAACACAAAGAUAAUGUUAAAUUUUUCUAUCAAAAAUGGAUGGAGGAACAAGCUCAACAUUUAAUCGACGCCACGACAGCGGCUUUCAAGGCUGGCAAAAUUGCAUCUAAUCCAUUUGCAGCGAACAAAGGUGCUGCUAUACCACCACCACCUAGCCUUGGGCCACGACCUGGAGUACCACCACAGGGACCACCAGGUAUGAUGCCACCACCAGGUAUGCAUCCUGGUGGUCCAAUGGGUCCUGGCGGUCCUAUGAUGAUGGGCCCACAUGGACCAAUGCCUUCGAUGAUGGGUAUGAGACCACCGAUGAUGGGGCCUAUGGGUCCAAUGGGUCCAAUGAUGGGGCCAAUGGGUCCUAUGGGACCCAUGAGACCAUCUAUGAACGGACCUCCGCCACCUAUAGGUGGCCCUCCACCAAUGAAGAAAUAAACAAUUAAGUGUUAUUUACAUUUUGCAAAAAUAUACCCUAAAAAGGUUCAUCGUCAACAGGACAAUAUUAUGCGUUGUAUGCUUCAUGUUUAUAUAUUUGACUAUGUAUAAACUAACUGGGA